AAAAAUACAUGUAUCCCAGAAAUUCUCCCUUCAAAGGUGCGCUGUCUGCUCUCAUCUUUCUCUCUAUUCCUUCCCUGAAUUGUUGUUGACAGAGAAGCAAAAAAAAGAAGACCAAACCCUCUUUCUGUUUAGUAUCAUUUUCAUUCAAUUUUCAACACAGAAAAGAGGGAGAAAUCAAGAUACCAGCUUAUCAGAUCUGCCCCUUUUCGUUUGAUCAGCUGGGCGUAAAUAAUUUUCGGAGUGUGUGCAUCACUUGAAGAGGGUUUACGCCCUUCGUGAAAAUGAAGAAGGCGUUUGAUCAAACUUUCAGGGACAUUAAGAGAGGAGUGAAUAAGAAAGUUCUUAAAGUUCCUUCAAUAGAACAGAAGGUUCUUGAUGCAACAAGUAAUGAGCCAUGGGGUCCUCAUGGGACGCAUCUUGCCGAUAUUGCACAGGCUUCAAGAAACUACCACGAAUACCAGAUGAUCAUGUCAGUCGUUUGGAAGCGUAUCAAUGAUACUGGGAAGAACUGGCGCCAUGUGUACAAGGCUUUGACAAUUCUUGAUUAUUUGGUAGCAAAUGGGUCGGAACGUGUCAUCGAUGAUAUUAGAGAACAUGCAUACCAAAUAUCGACGUUAUCAACUUUUCAAUAUAUUGAUUCUACGGGGAGGGAUCAAGGGAGUAAUGUCAGGAAGAAGUCUCAGAGUCUUGUUGCUCUUGUGAAUGAUAAAGAAAGAAUACAAGAAGUGAGAGAGAAGGCUGCUGCCAACAGGGAGAAGUUUCGCACAUCAGGAGGUGGAAUGAACAGGCCUUAUGAUGAUGAUCGGUAUGAAGGGCGUUAUGGAAGUAGAGAUGAAGAUCAUAAUGGUUAUGGCAGAGAAAAAGAAUGGGGCGAUGACAGGUAUGGCCGUGAUGGUGGUCGUUAUGGUGAAGAUGGUUACAGGGAUGAUGAGUAUCGUGGAAGAAGUCGAAGUAUUGACGGUGAUUAUGGCCCAAGAAGUCGAAGCUCUGAUAGAGAGAGGGAACGGGCUUUUGAAGACGAUGGUCAUCAUUCUUCUAGAGGAAGCAAUGUUAGAGCUGAAGAUGGACCCCUGGAUGGAAGUCGACUUGAACCAAAAUUGUCUGAACAAAAUCUUGGGGCACCUCCAACUUACGAAGAUGCUGUGGGUGAGGGUCGCAGCCCGGUUGUUCAUAGCAAGAGGGAUGGAGAGACGGCAACAGCAUUUGCUUCUAAUCCUCAAGAAACUGUGGUUUCUAUCAAGUCUGCAGCUCCUACACCACCACCACCAGCUGCCACACCACCACCACCAGCUUCCACACCGCCACCAGCUGCCACACCGCCACCAGCUGCCACACCUCCGCCAGCUGCAAUGAAACAAGAAGAUGAAGGGUUUGACUUGUUUGAUCCCCGUGGUGCAUCCCCAGCUGCCCCACCUGCACCUGCACCUGCACCUGCACCAGCACCAGCACCAGCACCAGCACCAACACUGGGUGGUGCCGAGAUGGACUUGUUUGGUUCUCUGUCAGACUCUUUCUCUUCAGAUGCGUUGGCUCUAGUCCCAUCUACAUCUGCAACCACUGAACCUCUUGCUCCAACAAAUUCUAAUCCUGGUCAGACCUUCAUGGCUGCAUCUGGUGUCUCCAGUCAGCCGUUCGAUGAUCCGUUUGGUGAUGGUCCUUUUAGAGCUGCCCCUUCUACUGAUGGAUAUUUGGCUCAACAAUCACCAUCUCCCUUCACUGAUGAACCACCCAAUUCCGUUGCGCCAACGUCAGGGAAUAACUCGGGAUUUGGGGACACUUUUGACCAAACCAUUGAUAUUCUAGCAGAUAUACUGCCUCCAUCUGCACCGUCACAGACUGCUUUUCAAGCUCAACCUGAUCAACUUUCAACACAGACCAUUUUUUCUUCUCAAACUGGUCAACCUUCUCUACAGACCGGCUACGCACCUCAAGCUGGCCAUCCUUCUUCUCAAACAGUUUUUUCAGCACAACCCAACCAGACCACAUUUCCCUCAAGUUUUCCAGGUCAAUUUGGUCAACCUACGUUACAGCCUAGUUUUCCAUCCCAAGGUGGUCCACCUAUGCCACAUCAUGGUUUUCAACCUCCAGGUGCCCAAUCCAUAUUACAGCCAGGCUUUUCACCUCAAGGUGGUCAGCCUAUGCCACAGCCAGCUUUUCCAGCAAUAGGUGGCAACCCGCCUAUGCCACAGCCAAGUUUUCCAGCUCAAGGUGGCCAAUCUAUAUCGCAGCCUGGUUUUCUAGCUCAAGGUGGUAAUCAGUCUAUGCCCCAGCCAAGUUUUCCAGCUCAGGGUGGCCAAUCUGUGUUGCAGGCUGGUUUUCUGGCUCAAGGUGGCCAUUCUAUGUUGCAGCCUGGUUUUCCAGCUCAAGUGCCACAGCCAGGUUUUGCAGCUCAAGGUGGCCAUUCUAUGCCACAGUCAGGUUUUGCAGCUCAAGGUGGUCAAUCUGUGUUGCAGCCUGGUUUCGCACCCCAAGGUGGUCAAAGUGCAUCUAUGAUCAGUGGCUUUUCACAGGCAGGAUUUCCCAGUUCCAAUGGUCAUCCUGCUCAGCCGAAUAACUUUUAUGGGGGUUUCCAGCCUCAAGGUUCUUCAGCUUCAAAUUUUUAUCAGCAGCCACAGCCACAACCACAGCCACAGCCACAGCCACAGCCACAGCCACAGCCAGCUCUCACUGGUUCAACAGGUGCUCUAGCUGUAGUGCCUCAACAAGCAGCUAAAGAAAAGUUUGAGACCAAAUCCACAGUGUGGGCUGAUACAUUGAACAGAGGGCUUGUUAAUUUGAACAUAUCUGGAUCUAAAACAAACCCAUUAUCUGACAUUGGAAUUGACUUUGAGGCCAUAAACCGCAAGGAGAAGAGAAUGGAAAAACCAAGCAAAACCCCAGUGACUUCAAAUGUUACGAUGGGUAAGGCCAUGGGUUCAGGUACUGGAAUUGGACGUGCGGGUGCAGGUACUCUACGAGCCGCAUCGAAUCCCAUGGUGGGUUCAGGAAUGGGAAUCACAAUGGGUGCACCUGGUCCAAGGCCUGGCUUUGGAGCUGGUUAUGGAGGUGUAAACCAGCCCAUGGGAAUGAACAAUAUGCAGCAGAAUAUGGGUAUCGGAAUGAACAUUGGCCAAGGUUUUCAGAUGCAACAGCCACCCGCUGGAUUUCCUCUGGGCUCAGCCAUGCCUGCAAAUUAUAAUCCAAUGUUGGGUAGAGGUGCUGGUUAUGGUCAGCAACCAUAUGGUGGCUACAGAUAAAAAUUGCGGCCAUAGCCCAUAUGUUAUUGUGAUAUAGGAAGUAUUUUUUUGUAAUUUUCUCCAGAAAUAUGCAUUUCUUGUAAUAUUCAUUCUCUCAGAGGUUUAUUCACAUUCCAUAUAGCUUUCUGUAUACCAUGCAGGAUAACCAUUCUCUGGUUGCCUCUUUACUAUACAUUCAAAACAUUUUUGUAUCUUGUUGAUUUUUGAAACAUGUAAUGCCUAAUUGCAAACAAUAAUCACUAGGAUUCAC